ACCACCGCGUCCCCACAGGACAGCCAAGUCACUCACGCCACGUCGCCACCUGUAGAUUACAAUCACCGACCCGUCGCCCCAUAAAGCUCUGUCCCGCUUCCCUCCGACCUCUUCAGGAAGUUGGAAAAUCUAACAUCCAUUUCGUCUCCCGGCGAAAAACUUACAAUGGCUCUCACCAACUCUUCCGUCAUCCCCACCAAACCCUUCCUUCAAACCCACCCGCAUUCGUUUUUCAUCAAACCCAACUCGCCGUCUGUCUUCCGUGUCUCCGCUGUCCACUCCGCCGACUCUACUAACAACCCGGUUUCAUCUGAGAAACCGACGAAGCAGCUACAUGCGACGAAAUCUGCUUCGUCAGCGGUCGUAAGUGCUCCGCUGCGGAAUGCGGUUCCCGGGAAAUGGACCGUGGAUGGCUGGAAGUCGAAGAGGGCAUUGCAGCUCCCGGAAUACCCGGAUCAGGAGGAGCUUGAAUCGGUGCUGCGGACGCUCGAGGCUUUCCCUCCGAUUGUGUUCGCUGGGGAGGCUCGGAUCCUGGAGGAGCGGCUGGCUGAGGCUGCUGCUGGGAAAGCCUUUCUUUUGCAAGGCGGCGACUGUGCGGAGAGCUUUAAGGAAUUCAACGCUAUAAACAUUCGUGAUACCUUCCGGAUUCUCCUUCAGAUGGGUGCCGUCUUGAUGUUCGGCGGUCAAAUGCCCGUCGUCAAGGUGGGGAGGAUGGCAGGGCAGUUUGCAAAGCCAAGGUCGGACCCUUUCGAGGAGAAAAACGGAGUGAAGCUGCCAAGUUACAGGGGUGACAAUAUUAAUGGAGACGCCUUUGAUGAGAAGUCGAGAAUUCCUGACCCUCAGAGGAUGAUCAGAGCUUACUGUCAGUCUGCUGCCACCUUGAAUCUAUUGAGGGCUUUUGCGACUGGAGGGUAUGCUGCUAUGCAGAGGGUCACACAAUGGAAUUUGGAUUUCACGGAGCAUAGCGAGCAGGGAGACAGGUACCGGGAAUUAGCUCAUAGGGUUGAUGAGGCCCUUGGAUUCAUGGCUGCAGCCGGACUUACCGUUGACCAUCCUAUCAUGACAACCACAGACUUCUGUACGUCACAUGAAUGCUUGCUCUUGCCAUAUGAACAGUCACUCACCAGGCAAGAUUCAACUUCUGGACUUUAUUAUGACUGUUCUGCACAUUUUCUCUGGGUUGGAGAACGUACUAGACAGCUGGAUGGUGCUCAUGUUGAGUUUCUGAGAGGAAUCGCAAAUCCUCUUGGCAUUAAGGUUAGUGACAAGAUGGAUCCAAAUGAACUAGUUAAGCUCAUUGAAAUUUUGAAUCCUCAGAAUAAACCAGGGAGGAUUACAGUGAUCACGAGAAUGGGGGCUGAGAACAUGAGAGUGAAGCUUCCACAUCUAAUAAGGGCAGUCCGUUGUGCGGGGCAAAUUGUCACAUGGGUUAGUGAUCCUAUGCAUGGAAACACCAUCAAGGCUCCUUGUGGUCUCAAAACCCGUCCAUUUGAUGCCAUAAGGGCUGAAGUGAGAGCCUUCUUUGAUGUGCAUGAACAAGAAGGAAGUCACCCAGGAGGAGUUCAUCUUGAAAUGACAGGCCAAAACGUGACAGAGUGCAUUGGUGGUUCACAAACUGUGACAUUCGAUGACUUGAGUUCCCGUUACCACACCCACUGUGACCCAAGGCUGAAUGCCUCACAAUCUCUUGAACUUGCCUUCAUCAUAGCUGAGCGCCUCCGAAAGAGGAGGAUCAGUUCACAGCAACAACCUCUAACCUCCUCCUGAGGGCUGUAGUGUGGCUUCAAGAACCUGCCAAUAUGCUUGCUCUUUUGUUUUUUAGGAAAAAAAUGGUUUUACAAGUUGUUUCUGGCUGUAUUAAUAGUUUACAUUGUAAUGCACCUGUGUAUACUGAAAAAAAACUGAUGGUUUGAGGCUUAAAACAAUGCGGGGAAUAAAUGGUAAGUUUUAUGAAUGCAGAUUAUGGAAUUCCUCAAUGGAGAAGACUGCAUUCUUUCAUGUGGUAAUAGGUGAAUUGGUGCUGUGAAUUAGGGUCAUAAAAGAUUAUUUGAUUU